AUGCCUGAGUAUGCUACAGGUCUUGUUGAAAAAGCACUAAAACCAAUGUUUGAUGAAUUUCAAUUGGAAAAAGAAGGAUUCGAAUUAUGGAAAUUGAAACCACCACUGACAGAACUUUACAAAGGUGGUUGGAUGUUCGUGAAUAAAAGACACGAACGAUAUUCACUUGUGAAACAAAUUUUUACGACCACCUCUUCAUCUAUCAAUACGGUCGAUAUUGGACGUGCACUUAGUUAUCCACUACCAUAUGGGAAAUAUACAAUUCAAUAUAUGGAUGAUACUGAAUCGAAGGAACGUAAUACAUGCCGUGUGCCGAUGGUAGAAUAUAAGGUUGGCGAAGGAAAUUUUGAUACUAUUCAUCGGCAUUUUGAUCAAUAUGCAAAAUUAUGGCAAAAAAUUGGCAGAAACCUGACUAUCGAUCUCUCUGAACACCCAUCAAUGGAAAAAUGGUUUAUGGCCAUAAAAAAUGGACAAAAAAAAUAG